AACAAUGUCGCGGAUUCUUCGUUUACUUUUCCACAUCUCCGUCACCGCUCGACUGUCAUCCGUCUCCACACUCCGUCACCUCUCGACUUGCCACCCGCAGAGCUUCACUUGCCACCCGCAGAGCUUCACUUGCCACCCGCAGAGCUUCACUUGCCACCCGCAGAGCUCCACUUGCCCCCGCUGCGACUGCACAACGCGACACCCACCAUGAUCUCCGACCACGCCCUCGCAGACCUCGCAAACGGCCUCGGUAUCGCCGCCAUGGCAUGCAUCGUUCUCUACCACUUUGUCGCCGUCAACGGCAAGAGAAUGGAGGCGUAGUGUAGCUCGCAAGCGGAUGUAGCUGCGGAAGAGGAUGUAUUACAUGCAUAGAGAUUCCAACCUGUCUGCACGCCGCUCCACCGUCUGCCUGUCAACACCUGGCCUCACCCUCGCUCG